CACAGAACACACAUAAAGCAAGUACGUAUCAGUAGAAGAAGCACUGAAGAAAGAAGAGCUCAGGAACAAUGGCCCACCUGACACUAAUUGCCAGAGCCAGUGAUGGACUACCUCUGUCCUCAUCCAUUGUCAAUGAAGAGUCUGGCCGGGAUUAUGCUGAAUACCAACCCAAGGCCAAGCAGAUAUUCCGCAAGCUGUCGUCAGUCAGCCCCCCUCGAUGCUCAAUCGAGUGUGACCCGGGUCGUAUGGUGUUCCAGUAAGCACUCUCCUGUGAAUGUCAUUAUUGCCUCGUGCUACAUCCUUGAGGAGGGGAUAUGCUACCUCGCCCUGUGUGACCCCACCUAUCCUGCCAAGCUGGCCUUUAACUACCUCGAGAAUCUACACAAAGACUUCAGUGAGCAACAUGGCAACGAUGUACACAAGGCCAGUCGACCGUACCACUUCAUUGAGUUUGAUCUCAGUGACAAAGUGGGGAAGCUGGUCGACCACUCUUGUGCCAGAGGCUAAUGGCUGAUCAGCUAAUGCAGCAUGUGAGCAUCUCCUGGCUACUGUGGAUUGGUUCUUGACUGCUAGUUUAUGCUCUUGUCUAUUGGAGACAAUAUCUGCCAAGUUUCACCAGAGAUGUGUACAAGUAUGGUAAGCUGAGGAGUGAGAGUGGCUGGAGCUGGAUCAGCCCUAGUGUGCCCAAGACUCAAGGAGGUCAGUCAGGGUCAAUAUAUACAGUGUAUCAGUCUACCUCUUGUAACGAGAACCCCCUACAAGUCUAGCUUGUAACACCUAGCUAAGUACUGGAUUGUGAUUUACAAUAGUGAGCUCCCUAGCUGAGACUGUCCUGACUUGUAGUUGUUGUAAUUGCAUUGUCCCAGUCUAAGGAGGUCUUUAUUCCCCUCUGCAGGUGGUUCACCCACUUCUACGUGUGGGGGGUGGUGUGGAACUACUCUGUAUUCCUCUACUAUACCAGCCACUGUCUACUGCACACACGACUACCGCUAUUGGGACCAACAGCACUGCUGCAUUUGAAUUCAGACUCACCCCUUGCUGGUCUGAUUGUAGCCACUCUGUUGUUCCUCUGGGCCUACACAUAUCAUACUGAUGUCACGUCAUCCUUGCACAACUCAGAGCAGUCAAGAACAAGCCACAGUACGGCGGCUGUCAUUGCCAAGCAGACUCACGUUUGCAUAGACACAAGUUUGAGGACUAUCCAAACAAUAGACAAAUUGUUAUGACCAUUUGUUUAUUAGUUGCUAAUAUAAUUUAUGCUAUGUACAUGCAGUACUGUAUGGUAUCAUUCAUAUUCUCCAAUCAAUAA